AUUAAAACAUAAAAAAAAUUAAAUUAAUUAUUAUUUUGUUGUAGGAGGAUGGUUCUUGGAUGGUGGGGACACUUUUUUUAUCAUCGAUCCCCGCUGCAAUUUUAACCGGGUGGAGUGUAGAUCAUUUAGGGCGUAAAAAAACCCUUUUAAUCACCACAUUCAUCGCCUUUUUAAACUGGUUAUUAUUAAUGUUUGCAAAUUCCGUUGCAAUGUUAAUUAUUGGACGAGCCGUUGCUGGAGUUGCGAUGGGUUGUUGUAUCCCAGCCUUAGUUAUUUAUAUCGCUGAAAUAUCCGAAGAAGAUAUCCGUGGAAAAACGGGAACUUAUUUCAUGUUAUUAAAAGCGAUGGGAACGAUAAUAGUUUUAGUAGCCGGUCCUUACAUUUCUUAUUUAGCCCUACUUAUCAUUUGUGCGUGCGUUCCUUUAAUUUCGUUCUGCACGUUCUUUUUUAUGCCGGAAUCUCCGUUUUAUUAUAUAAAAAGUGGGAAUAAAGAGGAAGCUAAAAGAAGUUUAUUAAGGUUAUCGAAGAAAAAUGUAACGGAAAAGUUUUUGGAGGAUCGUUUGGAAUACAUAGAGCGCACGAUUGAAGAGGAUAUGAAAAAUAAGGGGAGUCUAAAAGAGUUAUUAACGAAAAAGGAGUAUAGAUUUACGAUAUUUCUUUUAUUUGGAAUUAAAUCUUUGCAACAAUUUAAUGGAAACACAGCUCUAGAGGCUUAUAUCCAACCGAUUAUCGAAUCUUCAAACAGUGGAAUUGAGCCUGAAAUUGCAUCAAUUAUCAUUGGGUGUAUCCAACUUCCCGCUGUGUAUCUUUCUGGGAUUUUAGUUGAUAAAUUAGGGAGGAAGCCUUUAUUUAUAACAUCAACAAUCGGUUGUGGAAUCGCUUUAUUUGGGGAAGGAACUUAUUUUUUAAUUAAAGAUUACUUAGAAAAGAGUACUUCAGGAAUUGGUUGGAUCCCAACUGCCGGUUUAGCACUGUUUUGGAUAUCUAACCCCAUUGGGAUAAUGACCUUACCAUACGUAUUACUCGGAGAACUCUUCCCAACAAAUAUUAAAGCACCUGCCGUUGGUCUCGCCACCUUUUACGGCGGAGUAACAUCGUUUUUAGUUUCGAAAUUUUUUAAACCUCUCAGUAACGCGAUCGGAAUUUACACGGUUUUUUAUAUUUUUUGCGGGAUUUGCGUAGCUGGGUGUUUAUUCAUAUUUAUUUUCUUACCGGAAACGAAAGGAAAAAAUUUCCAAGAAAUCCAAGCGAUUAUUUCCAACAAAAAGAAUGGAACCAAAAAUAAUAACAAAGACGAGAAUCUCAAUAUAAGCAGUAUUUAUUUGCAAUGUGUGGUAAAAAUGUUCAUACAUAACCAAAAAGAAAAACGAUUCAAAACGAUUUCUUUAGCUUCUUUACCGGUUGGUGCUUGCGGAAUGUUUUCUUCUUGGGCUUCCCCGGCUUUAUCGAAAUUACAAUCAAAUCAUUCCCCUUUAGGAAGACCAAUUUCCGAUGAAGAAGGCGCUUGGGUCGUCUCAAUCUUUUUAUUAUCAGCAACUUUAUCAUGUGUAAUCGGGGGUUACGCCACGGAAUCUUUGGGUAGAAAAAAAACCAUGGUUUAUACAGCAACUUUAAUAAUACUCGCCUGGUUAUUAAUCGCUUUUGGAAAAAGAAUCGAAAUUUUGUACUUAGCGAGAAUUUUCGCUGGGGCAGCAACAGGAAUCAGUAUUCUUUGCGGAACAAUUUAUUGCGCUGAAAUUGCGGAUGAAGAUAUAAGGGGGCAAUUAACGACUCUUUUGGCUUUAAUAAAAAUCUUGGGAUCUUUGUACGUUUUAGCCGCGGGGCCUUAUAUUUCAUAUAAAUCCCUUGGUUUGUCUUGUUCCCUCGUUCCAAUCCUAUUCUUUUUCGGCGCUUUUUUCAUGCCGGAAUCUCCGUAUUAUUUUGCCCGGAAAGGGAUGUAUCCGGAAAUGAGGAAACAAAUCGAGCAUUUAUACAAAGAUGGCAUCGAUGAGGAAAUCCUUGAAAAUCGAGUAAACGCCAUCAAAAACACCGUCGAAAAAGAUAUGAUGAAUAAAACCACUAUUGGGGAGUGCUUGUUUAAUCGGCAAUAUCGAAGAAGUAGUGUUUUAAUCGGAGGAAUCAAAACCAUUCAACAAUUAAGUGGUUGUACCGCUGUUGAAGCUUAUAUGCAAAGGAUAAUUGAGUUAGCACAUAGCAAAACAUCCCCGGAAAUUUCAAGCGUGAUUUUCGGAUCGAUCCAAUUACCAGCAAUUAUCAUAGCUGGAUUAUUAGUUGAUAAAAUCGGGCGAAGACCUCUAUUUAUAUUAUCAGCUUUAGGAUCAGCGUUCGCAUUAAUCGGCGAAGGAGCGUAUUUUUUCAUUCAAGAUUAUUUGAAAAUCGACACAACACCUAUUAAUUGGAUACCAACAACGGGAAUUUCUUUGUAUUUGGUUAUGAAUCCUUUGGGAAUUUCAACUUUACCGUAUCUUUUCGUUGGAGAAUUUUUUCCGACCAAUAUAAAAGGCGCUGCGGUAUCCAUUUCGACGAUUUACGGUGGUUUUUUGGCUUUUAUGGUUUCAAAUCUUUUUAAACCGCUGAGUAAUGUGUGGGGGGUUUAUAGCAUGUUUUGGUUUUUCGCGACUAUUUGCCUUUUAGGCGCCAUUUUCGUAUACUUUUUACUGCCCGAAACGAAAGGUAAAGCAUUCUCGGAGAUACAAGAAAUUUUAAAUGGCUCGGAACGUGUUUAUAUUUUAAAAAAGAAUGUAAAUAGGUAAUAAUAACAAUUGGAUCCGACAUUAUUUGCAUUUUCAUAUCAUUACAUACACUCAGCAGCAGAAGUCUGCGUACAACGAACUUAGAAUGCUUUAAUCAACUUAUAUUUAUUCUGUAUGUAAAAUAUAUUAGAAAGACGUCGGAUAACCCUUAUGUUUAAUGACCUCCCUUAAACGUUUCGGCAUGGAUUGUACUAACCUAAAACUAAACUAGCAACUAACUAGCGUGCAAAACUAGAACUAACACUAGACCUAGAACUAGAAAGUAUCGGAUUUAGCCGUUCGUCUGAAGACUGUUUGAAGAAUGUUUCUAGUUUUAGUGUUAGUUCUAGUUUUAGUGCAAUAAAAAUAU